AUGGUGACCGAACUAAGUGGAACACCCCUAACAAGGUAUGGUGAGAAAGCAAAACAAAACUCGAGGUCAUGGAAAAACGACGGGAACAAAAGAAUACCAGAGAGGGAGAGGUACCAGAGGGCCAGAAAUGUCUUCUUCACUAGGAGAAGAAUAUCUGGAAAAAAAAACCUUGGAAACGACGUACAAGAUACAGCUAAGACUCAAAUCAAGUCAACACAGCGACACAAGGAGGACAGAAACAAGCGAGUGCCAGCACAGAUAACAAGCACAGAGCGAGUGCCAGCACAGAUAACAAACACAGAGCGAGUGCCAGCACAGAUAACAAGCACAGAGCGAGUGCCCGCACAGAUAACAAGCACAGAGCGAGUGCCAGCACAGAUAACAAGCACAGAGCGAGUGCCAGCACAGAUAACAAACACAGAGCGAGUGCCAGCACAGACAACAAGCACAGAACGAGUGCCAGCACAGAUAACAAACACAGAGCGAGUGCCAGCACAGACAACAAGCACAGAACGAGUGCCAGCACAGAUAACAAACACAGAGCGAGUGCCAGCACAGACAACAAGCACGGAGCGAGUGCCACCACAGACAAACACAGAGCGAGUGCCAGCACAGACAACAAGCACAGAGCGAGUGCCAGCACAGAUAACAAACACAGAACGAGUGCCAGCACAGACAACAAGCACAGAGCGAGUGCCAGCACAGAUAACAAACACAGAACGAGUGCCAGCACAGACAACAAGCACAGAACGAGUGCCAGCACAGAUAACAAACACAGAGCGAGUGCCAGCACAGACAACAAGCACAGAACGAGUGCCAGCACAGAUAACAAACACAGAGCGAGUGCCAGCACAGACAACAAGCACAGAGCGAGUGCCAGCACAGACAACAAGCACAGAACGAGUACCAGCACAGAUAACAAGCACAGAGCGAGUGCCAGCACAGAUAACAAACACAGAGCGAGUGCCAGCACAGAUAACAAGCACGGAGCGAGUGCCACCACAGACAACAAGCACAGAACGAGUACCAGUACAGAGCGAGUGCCAGCACAGAUAA